UGGACACGUGUACUAUACUUUAUCUGUCGAUGGGUUAAGCUUGGGGAGAGGUUGAAUCAAAAAUAUUUCUGACCAAAGGAGGGACACAGUUGCCGGCAGACAACAGUGAAACAUGCCCUUACCAUUUGGGUUAAAACUCAAGAAAACUCGAAGGUACACUGUCUCUAGCAAGAGUUGCCUGGUCACACGGAUUCAGCUGCUCAAUGGUGAAUUUGUCGAGUUUACACUUUCUGUGGAGAGCACAGGCCAGGAAUGUCUGGAGGCAGUUGCUCAGAGGCUUGAGUUGCGUGAGAUAACGUAUUUCAGCCUCUGGUACUUCAACAAACAAAACCAGCAGAGAUGGAUUGAUUUGGAGAAGCCGCUGAAGAAGCAGCUCGAUAAGUAUGGGCUGGAGCCCACAGUUUACUUUGGGGUGGUGUUCUAUGUUCCCAGUGUGGCCCAGCUACAGCAGGAGAUAACCAGAUAUCAGUAUUACUUACAGUUGAAGAAAGAUGUUCUAGAAGGCAGGAUUCCAUGCUCAGUGGAACAGGCUAUUCGAUUGGCUGGCUUGGCCGUGCAAGCUGACUUUGGAGACUUCAACAGAUAUGAUUCACAAGAGAUUCUUCGGAAGUUUGUGCUUUUUCCAAUCGGGUGGAUACAAGAUGAAAGAGUUUUGGAGGAAGCCACACAAAAAGUUGCCUUGCUCUAUCAAAGUUACAGGGGACUACCCGCUCCAGAGGCAGAGAUGCUGUACAUGCAGGAGGUGGAGAAGAUGGAGGGAUAUGGCCAGGAGAGUUUCCAUGCCAAGGAUGGUCAGGGCGCAGACAUCCUGAUUGGCUCCUGUCUGGAUGGUAUAUUUGUCAAGCAUAAAAAUGGUAAACCACCACUUCUGUUUCGGUGGAGUGACAUUAACAACAUGACUCACAAUAAGUCCUUCUUUGCCUUGGAACUGGCCAACAAAGAGGACACCAUCCAGUUUCAGACUGAGGACAUGGAUACUUCCAAAUAUCUAUGUAGAAUGUGCUUGGCGCGGCACAAGUUUUAUAAGAUUAACAAGAGCAGUCUCCAAACCCAGCCUGCAGUGGUGAACCCAGUUAGACGUCGAUCUUCGACCAGAAUGUCUUUGCCAAAGCCUCAGGCCUAUAUGAUGGCUCCUCCUCAGUUGCACUACAAUGGACACUACACUGAGCCUUACACAUCUUCCCAAGACAACCUUUACGGGAACAAUCAGAAUGGUUAUUACUACCACUCUCAGACCAGUUUGGACCGAUCUCCUCAUGAGUACAAUGGAAGAAUCCGGAAUGGAAGUGUUUACAGUGCCCAUAGCACCAGCUCUCUCAAUAACCCUCAACACUAUCUUCAACCCUCACCCAUGUCCUCCAACCCCAGCAUCACAGGAAGUGACGUCAUGCGACCCGACUACGUGCCCUCCCACCGGCACAGCGCCCUGAUCCCACCCUCGUACCGCGCCACUCCUGAUUACGAGACCGUCAUGCGACAGAAGAAUCGCGGUGGCAUGAUGCCCACCGCGGCGCCCAUGGAACGCCAGAGCCAUUCUAUGAGAAACCUCAACAUCGGAAACUCCUACGCCUACAGCCGACCCGACCCGCUCGUCUACAGCCAGCCGGAAAUCCGAGAACACGGCGCGAGCCAGUACCCCUUCCACCUCAACUAUAGCUUCCACAGUCCGUCCCCUUACCCGUACCCCACGGAGAGACGGCCUGUGGUGGGUGCCGUGAGUGUCCCAGAGCUCACCAACGUACAGCUGCAGCAAGCGCAAGAGUACCCAGCCCCAAACAUCAUGAGGACCCAAGUAUACCGUCCCCCUCCCCCCUAUCCGUAUCCUCACCCCCGACCGGCCAACAGCACACCGGAUCUCUCCCGCCACCUGUACGUCAGCAGCAGCAACCCAGACCUGAUCACGCGACGUGUCCAUCACUCGGUCCAGACCUUCCAGGAGGACAGUUUACCCGUGGCGCAUUCCCUGCAGGAGGUGAGCGAGCCUCUCAUCACCACGCGCCACGCGCAAAUGCAGAAGCGCAACUCCAUCGAGAUCGCCGGCCUGGCCUACGGCUUUGAGGGCAUGAGGCUGAAGGAGAGGACGUCUUCGGCGUCCGCGGCCGAGACCACGUCGACCCAGCCCUCUGCCGCCGCCGCCUCGAUGAUGGAUCCUGCGACAUCCGGCUCUGAUCUGAACGUCUUCCUGGAGGGGAGCAAGGCCGAGGAGGCGGACAGCAAAGAGGACGUGCGCUACGGUCACAAAAAGUCCUUAUCUGACGCCACCAUGCUGGUCCACAGCAGCGGUGAAGAGGAGGAGUUUGAAGAUGACGGUGGCAGACACACACCUCAGUCUCUGGAGACAACACUCAUUGGGGGUUCAGAGCAGCACAUGAGACAGCCCCCUCCCGCGUAUCCGUUCAGCGCCGCCCUGGACCCACACCUCUCGGUCCCGCUGUCCUAUAAGCCUCACCCACUGAUCCUGGAGCAGGAAGUGGAGACUGGGGGACCGGUUUACGGGUACCAGCUGACCCCCAUUGUUCCGUCAGUCUCAGAAGGAGACCUUAACGGUCAGGGACGACCAAAGCCCAAAAGAGAGGUUGCCAAAAAGAGGCCGGUGUCAGACAUCGCCCCCGGAAGAAGGAACAUUGACGGGCUACCUCCAGCGGGUAUGAAGAAAGGAGUGCGAUCAGAGUAUAAGAAAGUGGGCCCGCUCAAGCUGGCGGCCCUCAAUGGUCUAACACCGGCCCGUAUGCCCGUGACCGGGGAAGGCAAAGACGAACCAGAGAAGGCCUCCAACGACGAGAGGUGUAAGGUGUUGGAGCAGCGGCUGGAGCAGGGCAUGGUAUUUACAGAAUACGAACAAGUGCCCAAGAGACGGCCCAACUGCGAAUGCACCAUCGCCCAGCUCCCCGAAAGCGGCGAGAGAAACCGCUUUCAAGACGUCCUGCCCUACGACGACACACGGGUGGAGCUGGUUCCCACCAAAGAGAACAACACAGGCUACAUCAAUGCCUCCCACAUCAGGAUAACGGUGGGAGGAGAUGAGUGGAGUUAUAUUGCGGCACAGGGGCCACUCUCCAAUACGUGCCAGGACUUCUGGCAAAUGGUGUGGGAACAAGGGGUGGCCAUCAUCGCCAUGGUGACAGCUGAGGAGGAGGGAGGGCGUGAGAAGAGCUUCCGCUAUUGGCCGCGUCUUGGCUCCCGCCACAACACAGUCACCUACGGCCGUUUUAAGAUCACCACUCGGUUCCGAACAGAUUCGGGCUGCUACGCCACCACGGGCCUGAAGAUCAAGCACCUUCUGACGGGACAAGAACGGACCGUCUGGCAUCUCCAGUACACUGACUGGCCUGAUCACGGCUGCCCUGAGGACUUCAAAGGUUUCCUCUCGUAUCUGGAGGAGAUCCAAUCCGUGAGAAGGCACACAAACAGCACCAGCGAUUCAAAGAACACAAACCUGCCGGUCCUGGUCCACUGCAGCGCGGGCGUGGGCCGCACCGGGGUGGUCAUUCUGUGUGAGAUCAUGAUCGCCUGUCUGGAACACAAUGAGGUGCUGGACGUCCCAACCGUUCUGAACAUGCUACGAGAACAGCGGAUGAUGAUGGUGCAAACUCUAUCCCAGUACACCUUUGUUUACAAAGUGCUCAUCCAGUUUCUGAAAAACUCCAGACUCAUAUGAGCUCUCAGAGCGCGCUGAUUUCACGACCGGAACCCGACCGCUCCGGACAGGCUCUCCACCCGGGGCGUGGCGAGGAUGCGGCGUGCCCAGCGGGCAGCCUUGGGCUCCCUACAGCUGAAAGAGAAGUAGAAAUGAGAGAGGUGCCAUCUGCCUCAGAGCUGGUGGUCCUCUGUCUAAGUAUUAAUGGCAGGGCAGGACUCUUAAGGACCGAGGGCUGGUACGAGGGAGGAAACUGCCUCCAAGCUUAACGCAUUCUUUUUUUCCAUCAGUAUUAUUCAGCGACUUUCACUGUGGCUUUGAACACUACGUGAUAACUGACAAUGAAUCCCGGCACUUUUUUAUA